UUAAAUCCAGGCCUGCACUGUUUCACACUCAGAGUUGGGCUUGACCAACAAGACUCCAUUUAAAAAGACCUUUGACUGAACCUUCCCUCUAUUUCCUACACGUUAAAGGUUUCACCUGGAAUCUCCAGUUUGUGAAGUUUUUGUUAUUUAUUUAUCCAUCAAAUAAUUUCCUCCAUCCGUUGCUGGGACUGAAAGCCCGUGAGGUUGUCCCCUCCUUCUCAGAGAGAGAGGGUGUAGCAGAGCUGAAGCUGACCCGGAGAUGCGGUCCUUUCUCCCGCUCGCUGUGUGUUGCAUCAGCCUGGUUUCCCUCCAGCAGCUGUCGGCUCUCCCGCCCGGGGAGCUACCUGACGGGAACAGGCUGAAUGUCCUCAACAAACUCCUUGGCCAGAAAGAAAAGGUCUCUUUUUCUCCCGAAAGUGAAACUAAUGACCUCACCACAUCUCCACCGCUCAACCAAGAACCAGAAUGGCUGCCUGGAUUUCUGAGACACCCUGCAUCAGGAGGGAAGACCGCCUCUUUUGGCCCUGCCUGGGCGCAGCUUGUUGAGGUUUCACAGAUGAAGCAGAGGCAAAAGAGAUCUCACGGCCAGACGCACUCACGAGGCGGUCACCAGUACCCUAAAAAUGGCCAGCUGAUGAGAGUGGGUUGUGUUCUGGGUACCUGCCAGGUCCAGAACCUCAGCCACCGUCUGUAUCAGCUCAUCGGCCAGAGCGGCCGAGAAGAGUCAUCGCCCAUCAACCCCAGGAGCCCCCACAGUUUUGGAUGAGCUAGCCUAGAACACCUGCAGCAAGUCUAUCUAUUAUUUUAUUUAAUUAUUUAUAUCUUAAUGUGUUAUGUAUUGUCAUUGCCAUGGAGAUUGAUGUAGUCCACAACUUAGGAGUCACUCACCUUAGAGUGUGUGGUGCCGCUGCUGUUGAAACUCCACCGAUGGAUUUAAAAAUUGGACCAAAUUUAAUCUGAGAUUGCCCAACAUCCUGAGAAAAUCACACUUUUCAAGGAAGCUCCAAAACACCCAAAAGGGCCUCAAGACGACAUUCAGAUCCUUUUUAGUGGAAGAGUCAGUCUCCGGCACCGUCCAGUGGCCUCGUCCUGCCAGCCAACUAACCUCUUCAGUGUUUGUUAUCCUUCAGCUCCUUGAUCAAACACUUGAGCCUUUAAUGUGGAUUAUGAGCUGCACCAUGAGCUGGAGCCUUGUCAACAUCAGUAAAUUCAUAAAUACCUUUUGAAUAAUCCAGUGAAACCCUUUUACCUUCUCAUUUGUGUGGACUGUGCCAUCCCUGCAACCUUUUACAAGUGUUCAGUAAAACUGGGAAUUCGUUGCUCAGAAUGACUUAAUGUUUUACUUUACUGUGAAGAAUUGCAACAAAAUCAAACCACCAGAGUCAAGAGCAUGGAGCGUUUUGGAAGGAACGCAGACAGAGUAUCAGUUUGAGUCAGAGUGGUUUGUUGGCGGACACCGUUGGUGGAAAAGUGGACCUUGGAGCCUCAGAUCACUGGUUACAGUGCUUUCACCUUUGUCUGCUGGACUGAAAUAUUAGCCUUUUCACGUUAUUUACAAGUUAUGCCUGCAAGUCAGGACUCUGGAUUUAUUAAACCCGUGCCACUUAAAUAGAGUCUGAGCUUUUCAGGAUGUUGCUGCACAAAUAUGCACUCAAACAGAUUCGGCUAUACUUAUAAAAUGGUUGUUCCACCAAAGCUCAAAGAGAGUCUAAAUUAGGAAGAAAAUGUUAUUGUCCCAAUCACCUCCAGCAAAUAUAGAAUUAAGCAGAAUUUCUUUGACUGAGGUAAAUUGUUUCAGUAAAACCCUCACAAAGAGCUAGAGUGCAUAUUUAUAAAUAAAUGUGUUCUCCUUACUGCUGUCUUUCUGUUUUUUUGUUCUUUUUUUUACAGUUUAGUAAAAGUCUUUUGUUUACCUUACAUGUUUCAGCUAGUAGCUCUAGCCAUCCUCAGAGAUAGCUACUAGCUUAAACAUGUAACGUAACAAAGAACUUUUACUAAACUGUGUAAGAAAAGAACAAACAAAAAAGUGAAUUAUGGACUAAAACAAGGUAUGAACGCAAAAAAGUGUUGUCUUUCUGGCCUAAGAGAUGUCGAGGACUACAUUUUCAGGAGUUUAACAUUGAAACAAGUUUUCCUCAGCAGGUGCAGAUGUAAUGAUGCUGUACGAGCUAACAAAUGCAAAAGCCCGUUCUGUUUUACUGUUACAAUGUGUGUUUUAAAUGAGAGACCACGGUGACCAAAAUGUUAGGUGGAACUGUGCUUUUUUUCAGAUAUGAGCACAAAAUGCCGUAGCACCAGCAACCACAGACACCACAACAUCUUGUUGGGUUCUAUUCGUGUCCAUCCCUGAAAAUGGUGGGCAGACGACGGACUAAAAAUAUUUUAGUCCCAUUUUUCUUUGUCUGGCCGAGGUUGAUGAAAAUGUGUUAAACUACACCCACAAAGGAAUUGUAUUUCUCUCAUUUUCAAAGGUUAAAACUAGACAUGGUGUACUUUAAGGUUUGUUUAUAAUUCUUAACAACUUAUGUUUUGCUUUUAAAAGUUAGAUCAUCCUGACAGAGCAUUGGUUUAAAUUCACCAAAUACCUGGUAAUACUUGACAAAUGGAGUGACUUUAUGUGACAUUAUUAUAUAUUUUUUGUCUUAUUGUCUUUUCUGCCCUGGCUUUAGCCGUGAGAGGUCACAUGGUGAUGAUAGUCAGUGAUUUCCUCGGUCUUAAGUCUCAUCUGUCCAAAGGCUUGCUGAGGUGAAUCGUUUUAUUUCCUUCUGCUGUAAUGGAGCUGACUGAUGUCUUGUGACGGAUCAUUAAAACGCUAAGAAAAAGAAAUCCCUCUACUUCUUAAAUAUAUUCCACCCACACAAAACGUGUGUGAGCAGGUGUUAGUUCUGCUGGUCUAUCAGGAUGCUUAUCGUCUCUUGUUUGAUCUGUGUUUCAGACCAUUGUGCUACCCUUUUAAAAAAAUGUAUUUCAAGUUUUGUUGUGUUUUUGAAACGUCAGGCUCUGCGUCAUGUGAAGUCAUGUGAGCAAACGUUUUUGAACGUCAGUGCCUCGUAAAAAAAAACAGAUUUCAAGGCUGUCCAUCGCAAACGCUUGCAGCAAUGUUUCUGUUAGCUUCUCGGCAGCCUUUUUUUUUUUUGCUGAUUUCACAUUAGAGAGUCCCAGGAUUCUUUAUAGGGUCACAGGAAAGCACUUUAAUGCAAAGAAUAUUGAAAGUUUGUGGUAACUUGAAUUUUGCCCGUUGUGUUGAACUUGUGACUGACAGGAUGAGGUCUCCUGCUGUAAACGUGUCUUUGAAGAUGUUGGUGCACUCCAUCGAGUACACCUGUGAGUAAAUAUUAAGUCAAUGUAUUUAAAGAGAAUUAUCUAUUUAAGUAUUUAAGUUAUCUUUGUAUGUUAUAUAUAUAUAUGAAUGUCACUAAAUAGGAUUUAUCUUGUUUAUUUUCACUGCUCCUUACUUGGUAGGAAAGGAGUUUUUAACUGUAGGUAAAAUGUUAUUAUUGUUUGACCAUGUUAAAAAAAUAAAAAUAUGUACUG